AUACUUUUAACUAAGGAUGUUUGGUCCAACUCGGUUAACUCGGAGGUACCUCCACUGAGUUGAGAUCGUGGAGCUGGAAGCUGGUGAGAUCAAGAAGAGUACUUGAUAAGUCAAUCUCCACCGUCUGGUUGAGAUUCUCGUCCAACGACGCUUGGCUUUUGUUGCUCAUCGAUGGAUUAUUCGAGAAUUUUCUGGCUGUAGGAGAAGGCAGGUUAGUGAGAUGAAUUGUAGUUGAAGCUUUUCACAGAGAUUUCGCAAAAGAACAGGUGUGGGCCUUAGCUGAUGUGGGCCUGCCCACCAUUAUAAAGCCCCACAAUCGAAAUGCUCUGCUCUCUCCAUCGAGGAAACCUAUGUGGCUUUAUGCUUCGUUUCGAAAUAUCAAUUUGGAAUCGGAGUUCAGUAGAUGGAAAGAUCAUGAAACAAAAAAGAUCCUAUUUUUGUCAUUAAUCGAACGUUCCAUGUCAUCUUUACUGAUCUCUGUUCCAUUUUUAGCUCUCUUCAUUACGCAUGAGCUAUUUUCAUCGACUCCUGCUCAGGUUUUCAAAAACCAAAAAACACAUAGCCAUUUUUUACCAUCUCAACCACAGCCUGGCCGCAAGUCGCAUACAUCUUGAUACUCAAAGCCCAACCCGAAUCAUAGCAUCACAAUUAUCACAAUGUACCAAUUUAUCACAACUGAACCAAAUUUAUGCCCAUAUUAUUCGCACUCACUUUUUGCAAUCCUAUCCUGCCCCAUUUCACUGGAACAACAUUAUAAGAUCUUACACUAAGUUAGACGCACCCAAAAAGUCUCUUUGCGUUUACAUUUACAUGUCGCGUGCUGGAGUCUUGCCUGACUCUUACACUCUCCCCAUCAUCUUAAAAGCCGCGUGCCAGUUUUUCUCUGUGGAGAUUGGCAGGCAGCUUCACUCGGUCGCAGUAAGACUUGGACUUGCAUCAAACGAAUUCUGCGAGAGCGGUUUCAUUUGUCUUUACUCGAAGGCGGGAGCAUUUGAAACCGCACGUAAACUAUUUGAUGAAAAUAUUGAAAGAAAGUUGGGUUCUUGGAAUGCGAUCAUUGCUGGGCUUUCUCAAGGUGGACGUGCGAAGGAAGCGAUAGGUACGUUUAUCGAGCUGAAGAGAUGUGGGUUCGAGCCUGAUGAUAUUACUAUGGUUAGUGUAACUUCAGCCUGUGGAAGUUUAGGAGACUUGGGCUUAGCUCUUCAGUUGCAUAAGUGUGUUUUCCAAGCCAAAAAUAGCGAAAAGUCAGAUGUUUUGAUGUUAAAUUCGCUUAUAGACAUGUACGGAAAAUGUGGGCGGAUGGACUUAGCUUAUAAGGUUUUUUCAAGGAUGAGCCAAGCUAAUGUAUCAUCAUGGACAUCAAUGAUAGUCGGUUAUGCAAUGAAUGGGCUUGUCAACGAAGCGCUCGAAUGCUUCCGGUGCAUGAGAGAAGCCGGCGUGAGGCCUAAUCAUGUGACCUUUGUCGGAAUUCUAAGCGCCUGUGUUCACGGGGGUAAGGUGCAGGAAGGGAAGCAUUUCUUUGACAUGAUGAAGAAGGUUUAUCAUAUAAUGCCGCAGUUGCCACAUUACGGGUGCAUGGUGGACCUGCUUGGCCGAGCAGGGUUGCUGGAUGAGGCGAGAGAGGUGGUGGAGGGGAUGCCAUUGAAGGCAAAUGUGGUGAUUUGGGGGUGUUUGAUGGGUGCCUGUGAGAAGUUUGGGGAUGUGAAGAUAGGCGAAUGGGUGGCUAAGCAUUUGCACGAGCUGGAGCCUUGGAACGAUGGCGCUUUUGUGGUUUUAUCAAAUAUUUAUGCAAGUAGAGGUUUGUGGGAAGAGGUUGAGAGAGUAAGAGGGAUUAUGAAGAACAGAAAAGUUACCAAGGUUCCUGGUUAUAGCUUAGCAACGAACUCAUAUUGACAAGAAAUCCAAGCCUUCUUUUUUUUAAUUUUAAAUGUUUGGGUAGUCAAGGAUUCUUACUUUUGCUAAUUAUUUUCUUUUCCAGAUUUUCAAUUAUAUUGUACACUAAAAAAUAAAAAAUAAAUUUUGUAACCCAGAUGACAAUCUAACAGGGCACGGAUGACUAUCCUUAUCCUUGACCUCGCAGGUUCUAUCCCACUCUCAUCUCCUUUUAUAAAGCUUGUGGAGAGUAAUUCUCUCUCUAUUCCUCUC